AUGCGCCUGCAGGACAACCCCUCCAUGGACUCACCCAAGUUGCAGCUCGAGUAUAGCAAUGGCCGCGUGGUGACCACCAUCGAAUCCAACGUCGUGGACGCCAUCAACUCCGCCACCGUGGAGAUCGCCGGGAGCGGCAAGGGUAUCUCUGACGCGCCCAUCACGCUCAUCGUUCGUAAGCGUGGUGUGCCUGACCUCACGCUCAUCGACCUCCUCGGCAUCAUGCGCGUGCCCGUGCAGGGGCAGCCCGUGGACAUCAAUGACCAGGUGGCCAAGAUCAUCAAGGAGUACAUCGCCCCCAAGGAGAGCAUCAUCCUGGAUGUGCUCUCGGCCACGGUGGACUUCCCCACGUGCGAGUCCAUCCAUAUGUCACAGCAGGUGGACCACACCAGGGAGCGCACGCUCGCCAUGGUCACCAAAGUGGACAAGGCCCCCAAGGGCCUGCUUGAGAAGGUCACCAUGGACGACGUGCACACCGGCCUCGGCUACGUUUGCGUCCACAACCGCAUCGGCGAUGAGACCUAUGACUAG